AAUGUAGACAGAGUAGAAAGUGGAGGCACGAGGAACGAAACCGGUCCAAAGGGUCAAACGUCUUUCAUUCCAGAAAGCCCACGCAUCAGCAGUGGACCUCAGCCAGGAAAUGUGAGAAGGGCAAAUGUUGAUGGCCUAGCCAAUGAGGGCACUAGAGACGGUACAGGUUCAGUGGGUCAACCAGUCCUCGGUUCAAGGAAUCCAAACGUUGGCAAUGAAAUCCAGUUGGAGACCUCAAGGAAAGUUGGCACUAAUCAAAUUGAUAACAGAGGCACAAGAAAUGGUGCUGGUCACGUCGAUCCAGUAUCCUUCGUUUCGAAAAGUUCAACUGCUGGCAGAGAACCUCAGUCAGACGAUCCAAGGAAGGCAAGUGCUGAUGGAGUAGAAAAUGGAGGCACCAGAAACGAGACCGGUCUAAAGAGUCAAACACCAUUUGGUCCGAAAAGUCCAAACGUCAGUAGUGGACCUCAGUCAGGAGAUCCAAGGAAGGCAAAUGCUGAUGGAAAAGAUGACAGGGAAAUGAGAGGUGGUAGUGGCCCUGCGAAUCAAACUCCUUUUGGUCGGAAUAGUCGAAAAAUGGACAGUGGCCCCCAGUCAAAUGAUCCCGGUAGGCUGAACGCUGAUAGAGUGGCAGAUGAAAGCACCAGAAACGAUACUGGUCCAAUAGGCCAAGCAUCUUUUGCUCCGAAAAGUCAACAUGUCUACAGUGGACUCCAGUCAGGUCACACAAGAAAGACAACUCUAGAAGUAGUAAGCAACAGGAGUAUCGGAAAUGGUACCAAUCCGUCAAAACAAUCUUCUUUUGAUCCAAAAGGUUCUGUGGUCGACUACCGUGGCCAGUCAAAUGAUCCUGGAGGAUUAAAUGUUGAUGGCGUAGCCAAUGAAGGCACUAGAGACGGUACAGGUUCAGUGAGUCGACCAGUCCUCGGUGCAAGGAGUCCAAACGUUGGCAAUGAAAUCCAGUUGGACACCUCAAGGAAAGUUGGCACUAAUCAAAUUGAUAACAGAGGCACAAGAAAUGGUGCUGGUCACGUCGAUCCAGUAUCCUUCGUUUCGAAAAGUUCAACUGCUGGCAGAGAACCUCAGUCAGACGAUCCAAGGAAGGCAAGUGCUGAUGGAGUAGAAAAUGGAGGCACCAGAAACGAGACCGGUCUAAAGAGUCAAACACCAUUUGGUCCGAAAAGUCCAAACGCCAGUAGUGGACCUCAGUCAAGAGAUCCAAGGAAGGCAAAUGUUGAUGGGGUAGACGACAAGGCCACCAGGAGGGGUAUUGGUCAGGUGGGCCAGAAGCCUUUUGGCAGGAAUGGCCCAAAAGUUGAUAAUAGAACCCAGUUAGAUGAUUUCAGUAGAGCAAAUAUUAACAUGGAAGGUAAUAGAAACGGUCCUGGUUCAAUGAAUCAAGCAUCUCUCAAUCAGAAGAGUCCAAAAGUUGGCAGUACACCUCACUCAAGUGACCAAAGAAAAGCAAAUGUUGAUAAAUUAGGUAGCGAAAGUACUAGAAGGGGUGCUGGUGUGGUGAGUCCAAGUUUAAAUUCUGACACAUCAGAUGACCCACGGAAGAUCAUUUUUAAUGGAGCAGAAAAUGAAAGUCCCAGAAAUGUUACUGUUCUUGUGAACCACGUAUCAUUUGUUCAAAGUGGUCGCAAAGCUGACAGCAAUCUCCCAUCAAGCAUCAAUGAAGCAAACAUUGGUGGCAUAAAUGGUGCUGCUCAUGUGAGACAAGCGGCUUUCAGCUCCACAAUUUUAAGAGUAGACAGUAAAGUGCAGUCAGAUGAUCCGAGAACGGCAGUCAGCAAUGGAGCUGGCCGUGACAACGCCAAAAAUAAAACGCCUAAGGGGAUGAAUCAAUUGACUAUCAGUAAGAAGCCAGCACCCAGUGCGAAAACAUCUGAUCCAGGAGAGACUGAAGAUGAUAUUUCGUAUGAAGAAAGUGAUGAGGCUGGUCUGAGCUCAUCUGAGAGCAAGAGUCCAGGCGAAUUUGUUGGACCAAAUGGAGGUAGAGGUAUCAUAGUGAAGGAGGGAAUCAAGACACCCAGAAUCGCAAGAGGAAUCGGAUUCAGUGGUCUUAGAAAAGGUAAGGCUCCUAAUCUCGAAACUGGUGAUGAAAACAAUAAGCAAGGUCCUCGUCCAAUUCAUUCUGCUCCCAAUGAAAGACAUCAAACAGAUUUUGCCAGAAAAGGAGAAGGAGGUCAGACCGUCGGAAAGGUUUCUUACAAAAGCUAUCCCUCCAGUUUUGGAAAACUCCGUUUCCAGCAAAAGGGUCACUCCUCUUUUAACGAGAAAUUGCAUGGUGGCGAGAGCAAAACUGUAAAGGGAAGGCGAACACCCAAUCCCUCCGACCGAUUUGCAAGAUUGGAAGGCGCUCAAUACGGCUACAUAGAUUUGGUUAAAGCGCUGGAGAUGCUUGAUAGAAAUGCCGUCUACUACUACAUUUAUGUAUUUCUGCAUCAAAGAGACGUGAAACUCAAGCGUAGAGUUGAAUUCACUACCAUUUUUCAAAAGGUAGAUAAGGAGCUGUUGCCGUUUGAGACACGCCGGUGCAUCGAGAAGGCUCUGGAGACAGCCUCGAAAGAUGAGGAGGAGCGCCUUCGUCUCUGCAUUCUUAACAACAAGGACAGAAGGCUGAGCAAGGUUGAACUCACUACGGGCUGCAAAAUUGAAAUGGGUGAGUUAACUGGAGUGGAGAACUGCUAUCGCGGUUUGCCGCGGCGUCGACUAACCAUCACGGGUCCCUCGUACGCACACAUCGCCAACGCCAUCUCCAUGAUGGAGGAGUACUUUCCACGACUUAUGCGUAAUGCCACCUACCCUUACCCUCUGCCACGAGGCACCACAACCAAGUACGAGACGGAGGAGCACAUGGCCACCACAGCCUUCCAAACCGUCGACCAUGAGCCCGGCAACAUCGGAUUGCGCGCCGACUUCAACGACCGUGCUUUAGUCACAUGUCGACAGGUGCGCGAGGCCUAUGGGGGCUCCUAA